AUGACGGUCAUCGACACGACAAAAGACCUGUCUGCUCUUUUCACGCAACAGGUUCAAGCUACACCUGAUCUCAUUGCCUUAGAAGACGAGAAAACCACAUACACAUAUCAACAGCUUCACGACAAGGUUGCUGCCCUCGCCGAUCGGCUCCGAGGUCAUGGCGUUGGCCGCGAUUGCCUAGUUGGUGUCCUGCUGCCACGAUCUGCUGACUAUGUAAUCGCUUGUUUGGCAGCCCUGCGAGCCGGCGGUGCCUUCUUGGUCCUAGAGCUGGCCUAUCCCCCAGAUCUUCUCGCCGAUGUCCUCGAAGACGCAGCCCCCACUGUUGUCGUCACCAUCAGUGCCGAGGUCGGCAAGAUCAAGGGCAACACUCCCCUGGUUGUCCUGGAUGAGCAAUCAUCGAAUAGCAAUGGUCAUGUGGAGAACGAUGAGCUGCCGCCUGUAUCAGAGGAGACCGACCUUGACAAGUUGGCUUUUGUUGCCUACUCAAGCGGAACCACUGGCAAGCCUAAGGGUAUUGCAAACCCACACAGGGCAGCACCUUGCAAUGUCUUUUUCGUAUGGGAGAUCAUACGACCCCUUCUGCGUGGAGCGACCGUUGUGGCUGUCCCUGACGAUGCAAGCUACGACCCUCGAAUGCUUGUUGAUUUGCUUGCGAACAAGAAGAUUACGGAGACUCUUUUCACACCUACUCUCUUCGCUGCUGUACUCGCCCGCCAUCAAUCACUAAACACACGUCUGCCAAAUCUCAAGACAAUCUGGCUGAACGGUGAGGUCGUCACAACGGACCUUGCUCGCCGCGGAAUCAAGGCACUUCCUAAUGCUCGCCUACUGAACGUUUACAGCGCCUGUGAGACACAUGAGAUCGCUUCCGGCGACAUCAAAGACAUGCUCGAGAAAUUGGACACGGAUGCUCCUUACUGCCCAGUCGGACCUCCUCUCAUCGACCCGAAAUAUAUCUACAUUCUUGAUGAGAGUGGUCAGAAAGUCGACGAGGGUGAGAAUGGCGAGUUGUUUGUUGGCGGUCACCUACUUGCUAGAGGAUAUCUGAAUCGUCCAGAGACCACGGCCAAGGCUUUCAUCAGGAAUCCCUACAGCUCAAAGACUGGUGCCCGUAUGUACAGGACUGGCGACAAAGCACGCUUGCUCUCCAACGGACUGCUUGAGAUCACUGGCCGUGUUGGGGCCAUGAUCAAGAUCCGCGGUUACUCAGUGGUUCCGGGCAAAGUCGAGAGCGCUAUUGUCAACCACCUGUCUGUUCGCCACUGUGCUGUCGUACCCUUUGGCGAGGGAAUCGACCGGCAAUUGGUGGCAUACUUCGUUCGCGACCAGGACUCUUCAGCGGACCGCCCCGUGGUCGAGAUCGACAAGACGGGUCGCAGCGCAACAGCGAGACGUAUGCUCAUGCCGUAUUUGGCACAUUACAUGAUCCCUUCCAUGUGGGUCGAGCUCGACAAACUGCCUACCAGUGAUGUGUCUGGAAAGGUCGAUCUGAAGAAUCUGCCACCUCCGAGACCAAGCUCGCCAACUGGUAGCGCACGCAAGUUUGAGCAGAGCCCGAUCACUAUUGAACAGGUCACUGAGUGCUGGGCAUCCAUCCUCGGCGUUAACGCGAACACUAUCACCCCUGAGUACAACUUCUUCGAUCUGGGAGGUCACUCACUUCUCCUGGCUGAUUUGGCUGCUCGUCUUUCCAACACGUUCGGUUUUCGAGUGCCAGUCGCACGACUCGCACAACCCGCGACUCUCAACGGACAUCUAGACACUGUUCGUGCCAUCCGAGACGGCCACACUGCUGAGGUCCAGGAGAAUCUACCACAAGUUCUCCAAGCAGACUCGGUGCUCGAUAAGGAGAUCCAACCCGUGAACCCCAAGGUCUGCGCGCUCAAAGACGCAAAGACGGUCUUCCUUACUGGUGUUACUGGUUUCUUGGGCGCUUUCCUUCUCCGCGACCUACUUGAGGCUACAUCUGCAACAAUCAUAUGUAUGGUCCGUUUUGCUGACUCAUCACAAGACGAUGUUCCCGCUGGUAUUGCUAGAAUUCGUCGCAAUCUGCUGGACUUUGGUCUCUGGAACGACUCGGUCAUGGAGCGUGUAGAGAUUCUGCCAGCCAACUUAUCGCGCAAGCGAUUUGGUCUCUCGCCGGAGUCCUUCAAGCAGUUGGCUGAACGUACCGAUGUUAUUGUUCACGCUGCUGCAACUGUCAACUUGGUCUACCCCUAUGCUGCACUUCAGAAGCCCAACGUCGGUGGUACACGCGAAAUCUUGCGUCUUGCUGCUCAAGGCGGUGCCACUGUGCAGUAUGUUUCGACAAACGGUGUGCUCCCUCCAGCGCCAGGACGCCAGGGUUGGUCUGAAGACACCAACCUGCCAGUUGAGGAUGUCCCUACCAAACUUGCAGAUGGUUAUGGCCAGACUAAGUGGGUGGCCGAACAGCUUGCAUUGGAGGCCAAGAACCGCGGCAUACCCAUCAAGAUCCACCGCUUGGGUACUGUCAGUGGUCACAGCGAGACUGGUGCGGCCAACGCAUGGGACCUGCUGACUGCCCUGAUCGUGGAGUCGGUUCGAAUUGGCUACUAUCCGGACGUCAAAGGCUGGCGCGCAGAGAUGACGCCGGUUGACUUCGUCAGCAAGGCUAUUCUCCAUCUCAGCAACCAGAUGGACGCAGAGCAGACUGUGUUCCAUAUCGGUGAUCCAGACCCGGUAGACAUCAGCCAAGUUUUCAGCGAUCUCAACGCUCUCGGAUAUCCCACCCAACCACUGGAGUUCGAGAAGUGGGUUGCACUCUGGGACGACAAGCGAGGCUCUGCAAAGGGUGGCGAUGGUGCUUUCACCGUCGACAUCCUCCGCAGCGGCAUGCCCAGCAUCGAGUUCCUGAGAGACGUCGUAGUCCUCGACAACAGCAAGACCCGACCUUUGCGAUCGGCCGUUGAGCGCCCCAAGGUUGACCAGGUUCUCCUCGAAACAUACACCCGCCACUGGUACGCUCGCGGCUGGCUUCCCAAACCCCCCUCGCAGAACGACGCCGUUGGCGGCUCAGGACGACGACCCCAGCGCGGCCCGCUGUUCGGAAAAGUCGUCGUAGUCAUGGGCGCAUCGUCUGGCAUAGGCGCUGCCACCGCCACUGCGCUCGCGCGCGAAGGCUGCCACGUCGCCCUCGCUGCGCGCCGCGUCGAUGCCCUCGAAGACCUGAAGAAGCGCCUGACGAUCCGCGAAGGCAAGAUCAUCACGCAAAAGACGGACAUCACCGACAAAGCGCAAGUCGAAGCGCUCGUCGCUGCCGCGGAGAAACAACUCGGGCCCGUCGACAUCUUCGUCUCCGUGUCGGGCGUCAUGUACUUCACCAUGAUGGCCAACACCAUGACGGACCAGUGGAACCAGACCGUCGACGUCAACUGCAAGGGCCUGCUCAACGUCAUCUCCAGCAUCGUGCCCGCCAUGCUCAAGCGCGUUUUCCCCGGCCUGGGCGUCUACUCCGCAUCCAAAUUCUUCGUCGAAGCUACGCUGCAAGCACUGAGGGUCGAGACGGCAGGCACCGGUCUGAGGGUGACGAGCGUCCAGCCGGGCAAUGUGGCGACGGAUCUUCUGGGCAUGAGCACGGAUCAGGAGGCGCUGAAGAAGUAUGGCGAGCCGAGUGGUGCGAAGGUGCUGGAUCCCGAGGACGUUGCGGGCAUGAUUGUGUAUGCGCUCAAGCAGCCGGAGCAUGUGGCGGUCAACGAGGUGAUGAUUGAGCCGAGGGAUGAGCCGAUUUAG